AUGGCAAACGAUUUGGGCUCGGCCUUGGAACACGCAGGCGGUAAAGGCCAAGCCAGGGAAGGUAUCACCAUCAAAACAUUCGUAGCAUCGCUGGCCGCUGCUCUCAUAAUUUUCGGUGUCGAAUUCUUCUUGUUCCUUCUUCUCAAAGGGAAACUUACUCGCAUUUAUCAACCACGAACAUAUCUUGUUCCCGAUAGGGAACGUACCAAACCAUCCCCCCCGGGCAUCUUCAAAUGGAUCAGCCCCAUUUUCGGCACUUCCAGCUCCGAAUUCAUUCAGAAAUGUGGCCUGGAUGCCUACUUCUUUUUACGCUACCUACGGAUGCUAAUUAAGAUUUUUCUCCCCCUCGGCUGUGUCAUCUUACCGACUCUCUUAACUUUGAACAAAGUCGGCGGCAAGGAUCACAACUACCAGAAUGGUACAGACACUGGGCCUCAAUGGAAUGUCAGUGGCUUGGACCAACUAGCCUGGGGUAACGUCACUCCUGAAAACACGCAUCGUUACUGGGCCCAUCUGGUUAUGGCUGUAAUUGUCAUAGUCUAUGUCUGUUUCGUGUUUUUCGACGAACUCAGAGGCUAUAUCCGUCUUCGCCAAUCUUAUUUGACUUCCCCCCAGCAUCGGUUGCGGGCUUCUGCGACGACAGUUCUGGUCACUGCGAUACCAGAUAAAUGGCUUACGGUGGAGGCUUUGGAUAGGUUAUACGACGUCUUUCCUGGUGGAGUUCGGAACAUUUGGAUCAACCGGAAUUUUGACGAUCUGAACGAGAAAGUAAAAGAGCGAGAUAAACUGGCGUUGAAGCUGGAGACAGCGGAGACAGAAUUGAUUGUCAAGUGCAAGAAGGCUCAGAUGAAACAGUCCAAAGCCGCCGACAAAAAGGCUGGAGUUAAGCAGCCCGAGAAAAAGGAGAAGGCAGAGGCAGAUGCGAAAGCUUCAAAGCUGGCUAUGGGGGCUGGUAUCAGUUCGGGCGACCCACACCAGGCUCAAACCCUGCGAGAAGUAUUGCACCGCGACAAAAUAUCUGGGAAGGAAUCUAAAACGGAGAAGCGAAGGUACCUUAACCCUUUGGACCCAGCUAUAGGGUUGGCGGGUGCUGUUGGCCAAGGUGUUGGCAAGCUGGGGAAGUCAGUCUUUAGUACCGCCAAGAAAUCCCAGAAAGCCGCCGCGGAGAAUGGAGAGCCACAAGUCUCGGAAAACUUCACAGAUGAGAAUACGGCAGGCCGCCCCAGCGGAGACGACUCUGAAACCAUGUUCGCCAACACCGAGGAAGAAGGUUCGCACCCGAAGAGGCCGUUCUGGAAAAGCAGGCCUUCAAACUUCUCCAAAUCUAGUAACAGGACAGAGCCAGAUGAGCUCCCGCUUACGGCGCCAGAUUCUCCUGUCGAUAGGGAAGAGGCAGACCUUUCAAACUCCGAGGAGGAUUCGCCAGUAAGAGCACGCGGAGAAAAUGACAUUACCAUCGAGCGAAACGACGCCGCGGAAGCUGAAGAUGAUAAGUACCCCGUGGCGUAUAAUGAGAACUUCGAGAAGGAUCUCGGUGAACCCCUGUGGAAGAAGUAUAUCCGCCAGAAGGACAGAGAAACCAUGCGACUGCCGAUUUUUGGCAUUAGUUGGAUGCCUUCGAUUUGGCUUCUUGGGAAGAAAGUCGACACCAUCGACCAUUGUCGCAAAGAGGUGGCUCGCUUGAAUUUGGAAAUUGAGGUGGACCAGCAGCAUCCUGAAAAGUUCCCCCUCAUGAAUUCAGCCUUUAUCCAGUUCAACCAUCAAGUAGCUGCGCAUAUGGCUUGUCAAGCUGUCAGUCACCACGUACCCAAGCAGAUGGCUCCUCGUACUGUGGAAAUCUCACCAGACGAUGUUAUCUGGGACAACAUGUCCAUCAAAUGGUGGGAACGUUAUCUGCGCACCUUUGGGAUCUACGCUAUUGUCAUUGGCAUGGUGAUCGGCUGGGCGUUCCCCGUAGCCUUCACUGGAUUGCUGUCCCAGCUCUCCUACUUGGAAGAUGCUUUCACAUGGCUUUCGUGGAUAAAUCGUAUGCCAGAGUGGCUUAUUUCGGCCGUGCAGGGUAUCCUGCCUCCGUUAUUCCUGGCCAUCUUGAUGGCCAUUCUGCCAAUGCUUCUUCGUUUCCUUUGUCGAACACAGGGCCUUCAGACAGGCAUGGGCAUCGAGCUUACCGUGCAGAACUACUUCUUUGCAUUUCUAUUUGUCCAACUAUUUCUGGUAGUGGCAAUUGCGUCGAGUUUCUCCACCAUCUUCAGAAACAUCACCAACGUCACAAGCUGGCCCCAACUUCUGGCUCAAAAUAUACCCUCAUCAAGCAAUUACUUCUUCUCCUAUAUGAUUCUGCAAGCUUUAUCCGUGAGUGCUGGAGCUUUGGUUCAGAUUUUCAGCCUUGUUAGCUGGUUUAUUCUCGCACCAAUAUUGGAUUCGACUGCACGCCGAAAAUGGGCUCGAACGACAAACCUGAAUCAAAUGCAAUGGGGUACAUUUUUCCCAAUAUAUACUACUCUUGCGUCUAUUGGGUUGAUUUACUCUGUUAUUGCGCCUCUUAUCAUGGUGUUUAAUGUGCUCACGUUUGGUUUGUUCUGGUUCGUCUACCGCUACAACACCCUAUACGUCACGAAAUUCCGCUUUGAUACUGGUGGAUUGCUCUUCCCCCGAGCAAUCAAUCAGUUGUUCACCGGUAUCUACGUCAUGGAGAUCAGUUUGAUUGGUCUUUUCUUCUUAGUCCGUGAUUCCAAUGGAAACGUCGCCUGUGAGGGCCAGGCCGUCAUCAUGAUAGUCAUGACGGUACUAACUGUGGGAUUCCAAAUGCUGCUGAAUGAAGCCUUUGGCCCACUGAUCCGUUAUCUGCCCAUUACGUUGGAGGAUGAAGCCGUUCAGCGUGAUGCGGAGUUUGCUCGCGUGCAAAUGGUACGAUUAGGGCUGAGUAGCGAUGACGAAGAGGAGAACGCGGCAAAUGAAAAGGACACCCUCGAACACCAGCUGAGGGAUCGUGAACGUGCCGAGCUUCAGGGCGAGGACGAAGAACGCGACAUUGAGUUGAAGAAAUUUGAAGCCGGUGGUGUAAAUAGGCGUGCGUCUGGGCUUAGGCGCAAGGGCCAGAGCCUCGAUCCCGAGACAGCCGCCAACCUCAAUUCCUCUCGCCGACCAUCAUGGGCAACUCAGUCCCCGAACCGACGAUCUAAAUUCUUCGGGGCAAAUUCCGAAGGCGCAGUCCCAAGCAUUCAACGCAUGCGAGAAAAGCUCAACCAGGAUGCCGAAGCACAAGGCCCCGUUAGACAUCCCCGUGGUUCGGCGUUAUUUGAAGGGAUUCAUGACGAGUUGGAGGACCUCACCCCCGACGAACGUGACCAGCUAGUCCAGCGAGCCUUCCAACAUGACGCUCUUCGCUCCAAGCGCCCUGUCGUCUGGAUCCCCCGCGAUGACCUUGGAGUAAGUGACGACGAGAUUUACCGCACCCAGCGCCUCAGCAAGCAUAUCUGGAUUAGCAACGAGUACCAAGCGUUGGAUGGAAAAUGUCGCACCAUCUUCAGUCGCAGCCCGCCUGACUUCUCAGAAGUCGAUCUCAUUCAGUUAUAA